UCCGAGCUCCAUUGUUGCUCCAAAUUCCAAUGACCACCUCGCCUUGACAUGUUGUUCUGCGCGCUCUAUGCUCCAGUUCAAUUCAUCAAAUAUCUGAUCGCCUUAUGGCCGAAUUUUUGCGGCGUCUUGUUUCGGGUGGCAAAGCUAGGUUCAAGGAUCCGAAUCUUGACCUUGAGCUAGACCUCGCAUAUGUAACCGAUCAAGUCAUUGUGAUGGGCUAUCCUGCUGCUGGUAUUGAGGGCUUCUACCGAAACCGUCGCGAAGAUGCUCAACGUUUUCUUACUGCUCGGCAUGGUAGCGACUUUUGGGUAUUCAACUUUUGCCCAGUCAGGGAGAACUUUUAUGACAAGAGCGUUUUUGGAGGACGAGUGAGUCGCUACCCCUUUCCAGAUCAUCAUACGCCUCCCCUUGCCAUUCUCCCCCUGGUUUCGAGAGAGAUGCAUGCCUGGGUAACAGUUUCAAAGGAUCGAGUAGCUGCUUUGCAUUGCAAAGCUGGGAAGGGAAGGUCGGGCAUGAUAGUCUGUGCUUAUCUUCUUUCACUCGACACCUUUUCUCCUCCUUUUGCGGAAAACAGUUACCUUGAAAAGGACUGGGUAGCUGUACGCGUUGAUGAUUGCAUGCAAGUAAUCCCCAACGAUGCUGUCCUUGAAGAACUAGGGGAAGCGGCCGUCCCUGCAUCAUCCAUUGUGGAAGAAACAUUCGCGGAGUCCCGAGACGAAAAUCAAAGUAUACCCACCAAACCCUCUGCGCCCACGUUACAACAGGUAUUAGACUUGCACACCUCGCGCCGGAUGAAAGUGCCGUCUAUUUCAACGAACGCGAAGUCGAGGGCAGGUGUUAGUAUUCCUAGCCAGCGGCGCUGGCUUCUAUACUGGUCACGACUUCUUGCUGGCCAGGGUCCACCUGGCAUGUGGGGACUAUCAGACAUGAAACCGGGCUUGCGCAAUGACUCUAACUCAUCAUCGAUUCUCGCGAGGAAAGUGCGCAUCACCGAAAUUUCGCUUCGACUGCGUGAGAUAUCUGGAAUUAAAGCGGGUCUCGUUCGUGCAGCUAGCUUGCUAAUGGAUCGCGGAAAGGAUGGAAAUGGUCUUGUUGGUCCUCGCAAUAACCGUGUGUGGGCGUCACUAGCACGCUAUGACGAUGACUUGGUUGACGCUCUAGAGCGUUGGGAGCAAAGUACUCGGGAUAGCACCAACUUGGGAAGGCGAAAAUCUGAGUCGUCCGAAUCAGUCAGUGGUAUCUUUGCCAGCGACAAAUGGGACAAAGAAAAGAUGGUACGGACUUUCGCUCGGAUGGGAGAUGAUGGAAAGCGACCUUCUGAAAUGAAUAGCGCAGACGAGAGCAUCAAGGUUUAUAGCUAUGUUCUCGUUCCGCUGAAUGAGGAGCGUUGGGUGGAAAUUUCCAAAGCACCACUUCGACAGGAGGAAACUCGCGACUUAGAGCCUUCAGUCAAAUCGGAGAUGACUUCUAUCGAUUCUAUAUCCCAGUCAGCGACAAACACCAAGGUCGGUCGCAGCGGAAUAGUAGUUGACGCCGACCGAGAGUUACGUAUUAAACUCUACAUGGGACAGGUAUUUAUGGCCUGGCUGUGGUUUAUCCCAGCUUUUCACAUCACUCCCGAGACACGAUCCUCGUCGUUCAUACUGCCCCGAGAUGACCUCGAUUUCCCGAUUGGCAUAGGCAAGGAUAUCAUGGAUGUGGAGUUGAAGAUGGAAUGGUGCCAAGACGAAAUUGAUGAUACGCAAGUGGAAACUGCCCAGACAGACUCACCUUCGUCAGGGGUGGAGACUGUCGUAGCCAGCCUCGCUGGUGGCGUUGAAGUUAGCCAAGCUCUCGAAAGAUAAGGAGAUCAAUUCGUACCAUGGCACUUUACGCGCAUCAGAUGCCGGCGGCCGCCUUGCGGUGGAUCUGGGGUCCUCCUGGGCAGUCAUUUCCGUCGUCACUUUCUCCUCAUCAAGUUGACAAUUUCCUUCGUCGUAUAUUAUCCUCGCGCCCACUGCCAUCAUACUACGGAUGGUUUAAUAUAGGACAAUGUAGGCUAAUAUUAUGCUUUUUUAUGUGCUC